UCCCCGUUGUGAGACAGUUUGGUGUUGAUAUUAAUCCACGAUUUCAGAAGGAGUUGAUGACAAUGGAUUGCAAGAUAACCUCGUUUAAUAUCACAUCGUUUAUUUCAACGUUCAAAUAAGAGAUUACCAAUGUAAAUUUGAAUUUAGCAAUUUAGAAUACACCAUAAACUAUAUAAAAAAUAGAUAAGCGUACGAUUUUGUUUGAAAAAUGGCGGAACCCGACCUAACCUUCACCAUAAGUCCAUGACAAAUGCUUUGCUUUAUUUACAGUGUGUUAUUAAACAAAAUAUUUGUUUAGGCAUUGCUUGUAAAAUAGGAGGUUAUCUUAUAUUACCUUUAUUGCCAUUUUAAGAACAUAAUUACUGUGGUAAUAAUUAUGUUCUCUAAUAAUUUAUUUCUUAUCUUCAAAAACAAGAUUACAUGAUCUCGAGCAGAACACUAUUCGUGAACGUGCGUGUAUAAUCUUAAAGUUAAAAGAGCCUGUAUUUGAGUCAAGGAUUUAGUAUUGUUAACACACAAAUACCAAAUGACAACACGAACAGAAAAGCUGGAAUUAACGAAUUCUAAAUCUAUUUUCGUUACAUCGUUAAUAGCUGGAGGAUUAGCUGGUACUUCCGUUGAUGUAACAUUAUUUCCAUUGGAUACGUUGAAAACUCGAUUGCAAGCUAAACAAGGAUUUAUAAAGUCUGGAGGAUUCUCCAACCUUUACAAGGGAAUCAUCCCUGUAUUGAUCGGUUCUGCUCCAACCGCAUCCUUAUUUUUCGUAACGUAUGAGGGUAUUAAAAGUGUAGCGCAAUAUAGAGUUCCUGAAAAAUAUCAUUCCUUGCUCCAUAUGGGUGCAGCAUCGCUAGCAGAAGUGGCGGCGUGUCUAAUAAGAGUACCUAUAGAGGUCGUGAAACAAAGAAAGCAAGCGUUAAUAUUACGCAAAAGAAAUAUAAGUGUCAGAUUACUGUAUCGUGGAUAUUGGAGUACUGUCUUCAGAGACAUGCCCUUUAGCAUAGUACAAUUUCCGGUAUGGGAAUAUUUAAAGAAAGUCUGGAGUUCGAAUGUCGAUAGAAAUAUCCUUCCCAUGGAAAGCGCUACAUGUGGAGCAAUUGCAGGUGGUGUUUCUGCUGCGGUCACUACGCCGUUAGAUGUUGUUAAAACGAGAAUAAUGCUUGCUCAUGAAAACGUACAUUCUUCGAAGCUGAAAAUUUUGUAUGUACUUCAAGAUGUAUGUAAAGAAAAAGGUUUGCGCGGACUUUUCGCUGGUAUCGGCCCUAGGGUAACGUGGAUAACUUUGGGAGGUUUUAUUUUCUUUGGAACUUAUGAAAAAGUAAAAACUCUGCUAACGAAAUAUUCUCUGAGCUAUUUUACUUUCUACGAGGAGGAUACCAAGUACUAAUAUUAUGUAUAAGCGUAUAAAAAAAUAUAAU